AUGGCAGAAGUAGUUCCAGCUCCGGCUCCGGCCAAAGCCGCCAAGAAGAAGGUGUCCAAGCCGAAGAAGGCCGGCCCCAGCGCGGCAGAGCUCAUCGUGAAGGCCGUGGCCGCGUCCAAGGAGCGCAGCGGCGUGUCCGCCGCCGCCGUCAAGAAAGCUCUGGCCGCCGGAGGAUACGACGUGGACAAGAACAAAGCCCGCGUCAACACCGCCAUCAAGAGCCUGGUGACCAAGGGGACCCUGGUCCAGACCAAGGGGACCGGGGCCUCCGGCUCCUUCAAGAUGAGCAAGAACACUGACACGAAGGCCAAAGCUCCCGUGAACAAAGCGGCUCCUAAAGCCAACAAGCCCGCCGCCAAGAAACCCGCAGCAGCGAAGAAGGCGAAGAGCGCAGCAGCCAAGAAACCAGCAGCGGCCAAGAAGAGCCCCAAGAAGGUGAAGAAGCCCGCAGCGCUCAAGAAAACGGCCAAGAGCCCCAAGAAGGUCGCCAAGAGCCCCAAGAAGGUGGUGAAGAAGGCCCCCAAAGCCAACAAGUCCCCCGCCAAGAAGGUGGCCAAGCCCAAAGCCAAGAAGGCAGCACCCAAGAAGAAGUGA